GCGGGUAUGGAACAUUGCAUGUGCUGAUUGAACAAUACACUACACAUACUGGGUCGGUGCUGGACGAAGCAAGUUAUUCUAAAAUGAAGCUAGUUAUCCUCGCUCUUGUAUCACUCUGUUUCUCAGAUUUCACUGCAGCAGAGUGCGCAAAAGAUAUGCUGGAGUCGUUAUCUGCAGCCAAGGCUGAGUGCGAUGCAAGAUAUAGACAGGAACACGGUCUCGGCACUAGAAAACCCUCAGAUUUGUUUCACAUCACAAGAUGCUGUAUGCUGAUUUACGGCAAGGCUUGCAUUCCCUUACGGCUCUCAGAAAAAGGAUGCGAUCAGUGGAAUAUUGCGCCUUUAAAAAAGAUGUGGGGCAAGCUAAUAGAGGCUGCAUGUGAACCAUCAGACUGGAACUGCCUUCUUGAAGCAAAGUGCGACGCCCCAGCAAUAUCCGACGCGAACACUGAUUGCUACAAAACAUAUAACCAGGAACACGGCGUCGAUACUCGAAAGCCUAGUGACCCACUUGAACCAAGUGGGGAUGUGGAACUACUCUGCUGUAUGUUAAAAUACAACAAGUAUUGCGUUCCGAAACUCCUAGAAGAAAAAGGGUGCCACCCCGACGCUGUUCUACAUUCUGGUACGGCGAUAGAGACGAGAAUGAAAACAACUUGUUCGUCGUCCAAACCGAAGUGCGUCCCUCCACCACAGUGCAAUGAUAAAACCUUAUCAGACGCCAGGCUCAUUUGCGAGCAAAGAUAUAAAGAAGCACACGAACCAACAGGUCCGAAACGUCGUGUAGACCUACAACCUAGAGAUCAGAGCCGGGAAGAGAUGCACAAAGAACAUUGCUGUGUAAUGGAAUACAGCAGGGAUUGCGUUCUGGGAUAUCUAAAAGAACACGGAUGCAGCGAUCCAGAUUUUCUUGAGAUUUUUCUCGAGAAUAUACGGACCGAAUGUGGAGCAUCCAAGUGGAACUGUACAGAGUGCAAAAGAGAAGAUAUGGUUGAGAGAUUUUCUGAGGCCGACGCUGAGUGCGAUGCGAGGUACAGACAAGAACAUGGUCUCACUACCGGAAAACCCACAGAUUUGGUUCCCGAUACGACCAGAUGUUGUAUGUUGCUUUACGGCAAGGACUGCGUUCCCCUUCGACUCGUAGAAAAAGGAUGCGAUGCUUGGAUUCUCGCAAGAUCCGAAGAAAUGUGGAGCAAGCGAAUAUUGGCUGCAUGUGACCCAUCGACCUCGAAGUGCUUGCAGUGCAAUCAAAAAACUAUAUCCGAUGCCGAAGAUGUGUGCUUAAGGAAGUACGAACAGGAACAUGGCAUUAUUUCUAUAGGCCUGAUGUCCGGCAAUGACAGAGGACUAUGCUGCACGUUGGACUACAAGAAGAAUUGUGUUCCAGACCAAUUAAAAGCUAAAGGAUGUGAUGAACAACUUCUUCAGAAUUAUGUUGCAAAGAUACAGCGUGAAAUAACAAACCAAUGUGCAGCAUCGAACUCGAUCUGCGACGUUGCAUCAAAGUGCCCAAACAAAACGUUAUCACUUGCACAGACUGUCUGCGAAGAAAGCUUUAUGAGGGAACACGGCCUCGUCCUUCCCCCCGAAUAUGUGAACAAAGAGGCGAACAAAUGGUACUGCUGUAUGAUGCAGUACAGCCAGAAUUGUCUUCAGGACACGCUCAAACAACAAGGAUGCGAUUCCGAAGACUUUUUGCAGGGGUUCACUCGGAAAGUUGAGACUCAAUGUGGAACGUCCAAGUCGUUCUGCUCUGCUCAGUGUAAUAACAACACGUUAUCCCAUGCCCAGUUUGCGUGCAGCGAGAGAUAUAUGCAGAUCCAUGUGCUGAAUCCUGAAAAACCGGGACAAUUGCGCCCGGAUGCUCAGAAACGUUACUGCUGUAUGAUGGAAUACAGCAAGACUUGUCUACCAGAACUACUCAAACAACAAGGAUGUGACGACACGGGUUUUGUUCAGCUCUUCAUCCAACGAAUAAAUAGAAAAUGUGGAACAUUUAAAUUGGACUGCGUCCCUGUACCGAAGUGCGCCCCAAAAGCAGUAUCCAAUGCAGAGAACGAUUGCGCCACAAAAUACAAGCAGUUGUACGGCCUUACUACGCGAAAACCUGAUGAGAAGCAAAAGCCGGCAGGUCUGAGCCCCGAGAUUGACAAGCAGCGGUGCUGUUCCAUGGAAUACAGCAAGAAUUGCGUUACGGAAGUACUAAAGGACAAACGAUGCGGUGAUGAAUUCAGCGCAUCUUUUCUUGAGCAGAAAAAGAAGAUAAUGGCAAAUCUGUGUGGUACGUCGAAAUUGGACUGUGAAUUCGACAAAAGCAAGAGUGCUGGGUGCAUGAACUAUCCAGCAUGGACUCUGGCAGCAGCCGUCAUUGUGGCUUCAGUGAUGAAGGUAGUGUGACGUCAGUUGUAGUGAAAAAAGGGAUCUACUGGUUUCCAUUUCGCUUGUUCGGGCCAAUUGAUCACAAUAAAUAUGGUUGUGUGACCGA